ACUGCACGAAUGUGGGGAUUAUGCAGCGAUUUGACGUAAGAUCAGCUGUUGCUGGGAGGCAGCUCCACCGAGAACAGAGCAGCGUCUGAGGCGAAGGCACAAGAAGGGGAAGAAUUUGUCUAACCACCAAAAAAAAUGCAGCUGGAAUAAACUCAGCCACUGCAACCUAGCUCCCUCCCCCACUCCAAAGAAAACCUCCCUCCCUCCUCCCUACGAAUCGCAGGCUUGCAACUUGACGUUAAGCGACAGUGAAGAAGGGAAAAGCCGCAGUUUCAGACAGGGUCAACUGACCAUCCCUAGAAAGCAGCAACAUCAUCCUCCUCCCAUCAACCUGCAGGAAACAAGGCUGCUGUUGGGCUCUGCAGAAAAUGGAGCUGCUGUCAACACCACACAACAUCAAAAUCACCAACAUUACCUGUGACUCUUUCAAGAUCUGCUGGGAUACUGAUGUGAAAGACAGGGAGCGCAUUACACAUUACUUUGUUGACCUCAACAAGAAAGAAAAUAAGGAUUCCAACAAAUUCAAGCACAGGGAUGUCCCUACUAAACUGGUGGCCAAGGCUGUGGCAUUACCGAUGACAGUGCGAGGACACUGGUUCCUGAGCCCCCGCACAGAAUACAGCGUCGCGGUCCAGGUCGCCAUCAAGCAAAGCGAUGGAGAAUACCUUGUGUCUGACUGGAGUGAAGUGGUGGAAUUCUGCACAGGAGAUUAUUCCACUGCCCAUUUGAAACAAUUGCUGGAGAAGGCAGAAGCAAUUGCAGGACGGAUGCUGAGAUUCUCUGUCUUCUAUCGGAACCAGCACGAGGAAUAUUUUGAAUACAUAAGGACACACCACAACGGUGUCAUGCAGCCUUACCUGAAGGACAGCAGCGGCAGCCACGGCUCACCAGUGAAUGGCACGCUGCAUGGAAUCUUCUUCAGCUGCAACACUGAGUUCAACACCGGAGAGCCGCAGAUGGACUCGCCGUACGGUCGGAUACGGUUCCGGGUAGACGCUGAGAAGCUCUUCAACCCCGGCACCAACCUGUACUUUGCUGACCUCUACUGCAUGUACACCGCCUACCACUAUGUCAUCCUGGUGCUGGCGCCCAAGGGCUCCGCUGGCGACCUCUUCUGCCGUGAGCGGCUCCCCCUGCUGGACAGCGCCCUCAACCCCUUCCUGACCUGCACCCAGGACCCCGAAGGCCAGCUGGUCUUCCACCACGCCCAGGACCUCAUCUUGGAACUGAUUUACACCCAGCCGCUCAGCCUGUCCCUGGGCACCCUUGGCGAGAUUGGUGGGCACCAGCUCAUGAGCCUCUCCACCGCUAACGCCAAGAAGGAUCCCAGCUGCAAGACUUGCAACAUCAGUGUCGGGCGUUAGAGUCAGCGACGGCAGGGGAAAUGGGGUUGGGGGGUGGUGAGGGUUGGGGGAAAAUGUGUGGGAAAAGGGAGGGGAAAGGAGACUAAACCAGCAUCAGAGCCACUGUGAAUAAAACAGCCUUUUUUUGGUGGUGGGGGGGGAAGAGGAAGGAGGUGAUCAGUGAUUGGAAUAGUCCUUCUUCCUCCCACCUCCACCACCCUGAAAUAUACUAUAAUUCCUUGUCACCCAGAGCAGAAACAGUCACGGGCACGCCAUGGGGUCAGACGUAUCAACAAUCAUUCAGAGACGUCUAGGUGGUAGACAGGGGCACUGAAGUGUCCACAUCCAUAUGGCGCUAAGCUACCAGGCAUGGAUGUUCUCCCAUUAGCACAUGGGUCCACCUCUGUCCUAAAUGUCAGGGUACCCGGUCUUAAGGCAACUGUGCAGCACAAAACACUUGAGGUGCCCUCGCAUUUACACAGGGUGGUCAGCCCAUUCACUCAAGAGCACAAUGCAGACAGCACAAUCGAUCUCACUAUUGAAGGUGACACCCCUCAACCGCCAAUUUCCACUCUCUGCAACAUCCUGUUCCCUUCUGUUCUUCUUGCGAACUUUUGAAAUAAUUUGAGCAAACAUUCCAGCCAUUGACAUGUUCAAUGUGAUGAGCACAAUGUAGCGAAGUCCCACCUCAACCCAUGAGACUGAACGCACCACUUGUCCCUGGUUUUCCAUUGAAUGAUGAUAUGGAAGAUCAGAGAGACUCGCUUACUUACCAGGAGUUGUGCUGACCUGGGGCUGGAUCUGAAACACCCCCCAACACCAGUUAGUCCCAGCCCAUCUCCCUGUCAACUCUCCAUUGCUGGCAGUCCUGGAGGAUUUUUCAUGCGAACUCCCUGUUUCCGACAAGCCACUUCCCUCAGUCUAGAGUCCCGCCUCUCACCUCUGAUGUUUUUAAAAUAGCAGGAUGCUCAAUAAUUCAAAAAGACACACAAUUUAUGAAAUGCCCAGGUGAUUCACACGAUCCACCACCACCACCGCCUCCCCCCACCCCGCACCAUUUGUUUGAGGUCCAGGAGAUUAACUUUCCUGUUCCUUUUCACACCACACUUCCCUACCUGCUGGCAAAAUGUAGCCACCUGACAGAAAGGGCAAUUCAAUAUGUGAUCACGCUGAGGAUCAAAGGAACUCGAGGAGGCCACUCAGCCCUUCCAGCCUGUUCUACCAUUCAGUUCGCUCACACCUGGUCUGUAUCUUAACUCUAUUUAUUCCCCAAUGUUCCGAGCUCUUUAAUAUUCCUGUUUGACAAAUAACCAUCAAUCUCAGCUUCAAAGUUUCCAACUGAGUCCCUGCCUCAAUGUUCUUUACAGUUUUAUGUUCCUCUUUGUAUAAAAGACACACUUCCUGACAUUAAAGCUCAGUAUGGCCUAGGUUUAGUUUUAAAGGUUUGCCCCUUGUUCUGGAAUGAGCCCUCCUGCCUUCAAAGGCCACAGUUUCUCUCUAUUGACUCCCUUGAUCACCUUGAAAAAUCAUUCAGCAAAAGGCAGGUUCUCACAUAACUACUGUAUGCAUUAAAUAAAUGCUGCCCCAUUCCUGCGACCAUUUAUGACAACUACUCACUUGGCAGGGCUGAAAGGAAGAGCAAAUCGAAUUUUGGGUCACCCCAGUGGGCCCAGCACAUCGAGCAGCAGGUUGGAAGUCCAAUAGCCAGCCCCCAUCGCUUAUUAAACGGGGAAUAGCCCAGGAUGCCAAGCCAGUGAACUGUAGAAAUGACAGAGAGAAUUCUAUUGCAUGUGCGGUGACAGAACAAAUUUGAAUGGAAACAGGGGACAGUUAUACCAGGGGUUUCCAGUCCAAAACAGGCAUCAGCAAAGAUUGCAGUUAAUCUUUAGGGUUACUGUCAGACACUGCCAUCCAGUGGCCACAAAUGGAUGUACCUGCAACUUAAUCCCAUAACAACAUUUGCAGGUAAAAAGCUGGGGGCUGAUCACCUCCUGUGGUGGCCUUGUCCACCCUUUACCAACUCACAUUUCCUUUGCACCCCCAAGUGCACCUUUCCUGGUGUCCCGCCCAAUAACUAUACGUUGCUCCUGACCAAUAUUUAUCCUUCAGCCACCAGCAGCAGAAACAGAUCUAGUUACUUGAUGAUUAUGUUGUUUGUAGGAGUCAGCUAUGUGUGUUUCUCUCAUAACAACAGUCACCACACAUCAAAAGCUACUUCAUGGGUACGAAAGCGCUUUGGGGAAUCCAAUGAUUGUGAGAAGUGCUAUACAAGUGCAAGUCUUUUCUCGUCUGCCGUCUACCAUCUCCUAUUCUCCACACCAUCCACUCUGUGCAUAUGCAUCUUGUCUGUGUAUAUCUCUCCCCCAGUCCUCAUUCCAUUGAUUCUCUACCAUGUCUUCCAGUACCCCUACACCUGGCAGCUGUGGCUCCACACAUGCUCCCUCACCACCAAGUCUUUGCCUGGUUUCUGCUUCUCGAAACACCAUCUCCUCCCUGUUCCGUUCCCUCCACUCGCUCUCUAAAUCCAGUCAGGAAGGAAGCAAGUACACAGCCCAGUAGUGUGUCUGAAUUCUAAAUGCAUCCUCCUUUCAUUCUCUUCCUCAUGAGAUUAUAUUCUAUGCUCAGAAUUCCACAACUUCUUGCAUUGGGCUUGGCCACGAGGCUGGACCUUGUAAGCAAAAAGGCUGGCCGAGCUAUCACCCAUUCAAUCCAUACUGUUCAAGCCUCAUGUUGGGAUGGAUGUCAGCCUUUAGGGUUCAUUGAUCAACAGUAACUUGCAGUUGCAAGGUGCCUCAUAGGAGUACUAUGAGAUGGCAGAGAUGAGCGCAAAGCCAGAACAGAAGAUACCACGAUGGGCCAAAUGGUCAUCUUCUGCACUGUAGCAUUCUACAGUUAGGACACGUGACCAAAAUCUCAAUCAAGGAGCUGCCUUAUGGAAGGGGAGCAAGGUAGGCAGGUGCAGCAGUGUAGGGAAGGAAUUCCAAAGCUCACCACCCAGGCAGCUGAAUGCACAACAGCCAAUGGUGAGCCAAAGGAAACAGUGGGAGGCUGGAAACAGAGAUGCCAGGGGGUCAUGGGGCUGGAGGAAUAGUGGUGGAGGGAGCCAAGGGUUAGAAUUUUGAAACUGAUCUCCUCCAUAAAGUAACAGUCAUCAAGAAACAGCAAUCCUCGCUGCAAAGCGUAGGCAAGAUGAGAAAUCAGAAAUCAAAGAUAAGAUGACAUAAGUCUGUGGAGACUCAGGAAAAGAGUGAGACAGAGUGGAAGGGGGUGCUUUGAGUAUUAACAUAAUGAAUACAUAAAGUUGCUGGUUGGACGAUAAUCUCAUGCAGCACAAAAACAUGUUAGGAAAGAAAGACCAGAGACUUGUUUUGCCCAAGAAGCAGGUGAUACUGAAGGACCUGCUCCAGGAUCAUCCCAGAAAGUCCAGGGAUUAAAAGCGAAAUUCCAGGUCACUACUGUGAACAAAACUGAGAGGAAAAAAAAAAGUUGGUACAUCCAAAAAAUGUGUGGUUUUCAGAAAUGAAUUCCUGGAACACUUUCACCUAUUAACCAUAUAAAGACAGGGGUGAUGAGGAAGAGGCUGCUUGAUCUAAAUUCAUCCAUUGACACUGGAAAAGCAGAGUGCUGAGAGGACAGACCAAAGAUGGGGUUGGGAUGGGACAAUGGGAACAAUAUGGCAAGCAACAUGUCCAAUCAGUUGGCAAUCAGAUUUCCAAAGGCCCUCCUGAAAUAGUAUUAAACCUUGGGUCAACAAUCACUUGAAUGAUGAGUGUUGCUCCAACAACACCUGAGAAGUUCAACACCAUCUAGGACAAAGCAGCCCGCUUGAUUGACACCACAUCCACAAAUAUUCACUCCUUCCACCACUGAUGCUCAGCUGCAGCAGUGUGUGCCCUCUAAAGAUGCAAUGCAACAACUCACCAACUGUCCUUUGAAACUACCCUCCAAACCCACACUUUCUACUACCUAGACAGCAGAUGCACAAGAACAACACCACAAGCAAGUUCCCCUCCAAGGUACACACCAUCCUGACUUGGAAACGUAUUGUCGUUCCUUCACUGUCACUGGGUCAAAAUCCUGAUACUCCCUCCCUAAGAGCACUGCGUGGGUUUCCCUUCAACACAGGGACUGCAGCAGUUCAAGAAGGCAGCUCACCACCACCUUCUCAAAGGUCAAUUAGGGAUGAGCAUCAAAUGCUGGUCCAGCCAGCAACGCCCACAUCCCAUAUCAUACUUUUACAAACCCACUCACACAUUCCAUCCUAUUCAGGGACUAAAUCCCGAAUGUGACGACCUUAAUGGAACUAAUGCUGCCUUAGGCUAGACUGUGUGGGGAGUUUAGGAUGGUCCAGUAAAGGCGGGGAGGUCUGUUCAAUGUUUAAGUGUCAAAGUAAUUGCACCAUACCGAGGCAGAGGAGUGACAGGCAGCUUUCACAAAUCCGCAAAAUGUUUUGCUUCAAACAGUUCUUCAUGUUAGCCAGCUCCGUUGUGCAUGAAAAGAAAAUUUAAUGCUGUGUUCAGGUGAAUCUGUCUGCCUGUUGCAAUUUGUGCUAUGUGUUUCUAUGCAAGCUAAUAUUAUCAAGCAGAGCAAAGCUUGUGCUGCACGCAAAGUUUAAACUCAAUAAAAGCUUCAGCAAAG